CACGCAAUACUUUGUAGUCAGUAAACCUUUAAAAAUGAGAAAGUUCCCACGUGUCAACUCAGCGAGUCGAUAGAUCUAUGAAACCUCCAUAAUCCCCAGCGUGAGACUCGCAUUUUCCUUCCCCAACUCCAAUUCUAAAAGGCUGUGCGUUUCAGCUCCAUUCGCACGAUUCCUUCCUCGUCCCACUCAGCUCGCUCGACGAUUCAUCGUCUGGAUAUUCCUCGUGUAAGGACAACAUUUUUGUUAAAACUAUGCCAGAGGGGGAAGCUUGUCCUGUAAGCAUAUAAUCCAUGGGCUUCUCAGUGCUUCGGGGUCUUUUGCUUGAUUAUUGUUUGAUAGGAAAAUCGAUGGAGGUGGUUCCUGUCAUGAACAAUAUGAAGAACAGAAUGUUUUGAGUUGAAGAUGGAAGAAGUCUGUCUUAAUAGUGAGCCAGUAUUUGAGGAGGUCGAUGAGUAUGAGGGUGAGGGAGACUGCAGUGCCGUGGAACACGAUGAAGAAACUGGUGCAAAACAUUCAAAGAAAGAACCACCUCCACCUACUAUUGGUUUGGAGUUUGAUUCUUUUGAUGAAGCUUAUGACUUCUACAAUAUCUAUGCUAAGGAGCAGGGUUUUGGCAUUAGAGUUAGCAAUUCAUGGUUUAGAACCAAAAGGAAAGAGCGAUAUAGAGCAAAACUUAGCUGUAGUAGUGCAGGCUUUAAGAAAAAGAGUGAAGCCAACAAUCCGAGACCAGAAACAAGAACUGGUUGUCCUGCAAUGGUAGUCAUCAGGCUUGUGGACUCUAAAAGGUGGAGAAUAGUCGAAGUGGAGCUCGAACACAAUCACCAGGUGAGUCCACAGAUCAAAAGAUUUUACAAGUCUCAUAAGAAAAUGAUUCUUGCAGCCAGAAAUGCACAACCACGAGCAGAGCCUGUAACAGAAAUACAUACCAUCAAGUUGUAUCGAACCGCUGCCAUGGAUGAUGUGUCUAACGGAUAUUCAAAUGUUUCCGAAAGAGAGGGUAGUCAUCCAGUGGACCACUCUAAACAUUUGGAACUUAAAGAGGGAGAUUCUUAUGCUGUUUAUAAUUUCUUCUGUCGCAUGAAGUUGACUAGUCCAAACUUCUUUUAUUUUAUGGAUCUUGAUGACGAUGGUCAUUUGAAGAAUGUCUUUUGGGCAGAUGCAAGGUCCAGGGCUGCUUAUGGUUAUUUUUGUGACACUGUCGCAAUUGACACAACAUGCUUGGCAAAUAAAUAUGAAAUUCCCUUGAUCACUUUUGUUGGAGUGAACCAUCAUGGAAAGUCGGUGUUGUUGGGAUGUGGCUUCAUCGGACAUGAGUCGGUAGAGUACUUUGUCUGGAUUUUUAGAGCAUGGCUUAAAUGCAUGCUAGGGUGCCCACCGCAAGUUAUUGUUACAGACCAGUGCAAACCCUUGCAAGUUGCUGUUUCCGAGGUUUUCCCAAAGGCUCGUCAUUGUUUUUGUUUGUGGUAUAUCAUGCAGAGAGUUCCAGAGAAGUUGGGAGGAUUGAGAGGCUUUGAAGCAAUUAGAAGGCACUUGAAUAAAGCUGUCUAUAACUCCCUAAAGAUAAUUGAGUUUGAAACUUCUUGGGCUGAAAUGGUCAAGAAGCACGGUCUUGGGGAUAACAAAUGGCUCCAAACUUUGUACGAAGAAAGGAAACAAUGGGUUCCAGUUUACUUAAAGGAUACAUCUUUUGCCGGAAUGAUCCCUAUCCAAGAAAACGAGAGUUUGAAUGCAUUUUUUUAUGGUUGUGUACAUAAGCGUACAUCAUUCAAGGAAUUUGUUGACAAGUAUGAUUUAGCUCUUUAUAGGAAGCACCUAAAAGAAGCCACUGCGGAUAUGCAGUCAAAAAAUUCAAGCUUUGAAUUGAAAACAAGAUGCAAUUUCGAGGUGCAGCUCUCUAAAGUGUACACAAAAGAAAUCUUCAGUAAGUUCCAAUCUGAAGUCGAGGGGAUGUACUCUUGCUUCAACACGAGGCAGGUGAGUGUGAAUGGCCCAAUAAUAACAUACAUUGUGAAAGAAAGAGUGCAAAUUGAUGGAAACAAGGAGGUUAGAAGUUAUGAGGUGUUGUUCGAGACUAGCCAGAUCGAUAUCCGAUGCAUAUGCAGUUUGUUCAACUACAAAGGUUACUUAUGCAGGCAUGCAUUGAAUGUUCUUAAUUAUAACGGUGUGGAGGAAAUUCCCUCGCGCUACAUAAUGCGUCGUUGGUGUAAAGAUCUCAAGUCUCGGCAUGUUGAUCAAGGCUCCACUGACAUUGUUGUGUAUGACCCAGUUUAUUGGCAAAAUCACUUGCAUAAGCGUGCAGUUCCAGUUGUAGAAGGAGGAGCACAAUCCGAGGAACACUAUAAGAUCGCACUGCAUGAAUUGCAGGAAUUAUUGAACAGAUUUAAUCUUGCAGAUGACAGAUUAGUAUAACAGAGUGUAUCGUCAAAUGUUUUACUAAGCAAGGAAUGCGAAGUUUUAGUUGCAAGUACAAAUUAUGUGUAUGUCGAUUGUAAGUCUCGAAUAAUGCCCCUUCAGAUUGAUUUUGCCAGAGCAUUUGGAUUGUUAAUCUCA